AUGUCCCCACCGUCUAAGUGUUUAGCUGCAGAUUUGGCUUGGACGAAGGUAACGAACGGGAUGGCUCGCGAUCCUGCAGGAUCGCAGGCGCCGAUCAUGUUUUCUAGAAAACCGACAGAAGGCCCGUUUCGCGCACGAGAUCCCGAAUCUCCGCUUCGCUCCCCCAUUGGCUGCCGUCCCCGGCCACCGGUCCUUCCCCAGGCGGCCCGCCCUCAUUGGCCGAUGGUGGCGUCGCUGUGGACCGCGUUCCCGCGUGCGGUCGUCGAAUACAACCUUGAUAUCUAUUUGAUAAUGAAUUCCAUGGUCAGGCCUAUCGAUAAGCUUGAAUACCGAAGCGAUGUGGGUCUGGGCCCCAGCACGAGAUGCAAGUGCAACAACCCUGACAGUGUUUCAAUACGUUACAGAAGUUUAAUUUGUUUAGGUAGGGCUCACGAUAUACCAUAUUGGGACGAGCCCUAA